UGUCGCGAAGUACGCGAUGAUUGUAAAUAAUAGACAGCAACACUUAAGCCCGGAAACGUAAAAUAAAGAACAUGAAAUUUAGUCUAUGGUAAGUGACGCUCUUUUCUCCUUUUCAAAUGUAUCAUGGUUGUUGCAUAUCUAAUUUGUUCAAGUAAAAGUUAAUAUCAGUGAUAGUGACUCAAGAUUUCCUGUUUCUUGCUCGUGAAAGAAAGCUAAGUAUUUAGCAUAAGAUAAAAUAAAACGAAUUAUCAAUGUUUGGAUUUAUUCUAUAAUGGUUUGGUUUUACAAUUUCUCACUAUGUGCUUACUCUGUUCAAUGCUGUUUAGCUGGCAUGCAAGUGUGGCAUGCAAAUGAAACUAAGGUGUUAAACCACGCAUACAAGUCAUGUAUGCAAUGGAAUAAUAGGUAUAAAAUACCUUGAGGCAAUACUAACAUGCAAGCAGCGAUUGCAUGACGUAGGAGCUUGGCCAAUAUGGCAUCGCUUUGGGUGGCAUGAGAUAUCUGUACGAAUUAUGCUCGGAUGAUCUGGUUGCCGACCUAUAACAAGCUCAUACGUACCGGGUCUCUAAUAACUAAGAACAAGGCUUUGGGCCACCUAAUUAGAUUGAUGUCCUUUGGUACCAGGGGAUAGGGCGAUCUUAAAAUACAAGUACAGUCACAGUAUGUAAUUGUACCCGCCAGAUGUACUUGGCACAAUAAAAGUGCAUUCAUGUGAAAGCACAUCCAUAAGUGUUUGGAAAGUAAGUAAAUAAGUAAUAAAUAUAGAGUAAGACUAUACUGACUACCAUUCCAGUAAACAAUCCAUAUAUAUAUUGAUUAGGUAAAUAUUUAGUGAUUCAAGUGGAAUCAAUUUUAACAAUAUUUAAACAGGUCUGGAGUAAAACGUGGUCUAUGUUGGCCGCUGGCGUUGGGGAACGCUGGAGAUCUUGAGUCACACCGAGUCCAACUUAAUUAAGGUAAGGAUGACAAUAUUCCUCUCAUACUACAGAAGCCUCAAUUACAAUAAUGCCAUAGUAUGUCUAUCAACCAAUCAAUUAACUAAAUCAUAAAGCGAAGCAGAUAUUUAAUCCUACUGGGUUAUAGUUAUUGUUGAACCAAGGCAAGAGUGAUUAAAGGAAUCUUGGAUUACAAUGUUAAUCAUUAUAAAUCUUUAUGUAUUAAAUUCAUCCCCUUUGGUACAUAAAAUUGGUGACAGUUGCUGGGAUAAAUUAACAAAUAUAUAUCAUAGCUCAUAUUUGCUACACAAAGGAUAUAAUAAGAGGCUUCCGUAUGGUGAAUGUGGUCAUCCUAUCUUGAAAAACAGGACAUUUAAUAAGAUAAAUUUACCAAAUAAAUCUGAAAUAUGGUUCGUGGUAGCGACAUCUGUGGAGGAACAAGCAAACCUGACAUCUGUAUCGGAAAUCGAUAGGUGAAUAAAACAUUGUUUCAGGAUAAUUUACGAAAAGGAAAGCAGACGUGCAGCAAGUCUAAUAAAUAUAUGUGGUUGUACUUUAUUUAUUUCGUAGUUUCGUUAAAGGAAGGGGUCCUUUAAUUAUCAUACAAAACUUAAUUUGUCGAGCUUGUAUAACGCAAGGUAAACUUACAAGUAGUUCAACCGCUCCUCGACAGGUGGCACCUCAUUUGAAAUGAGACAGCUAUUCCACCACAGAUGGCGUUGUGAACACGAUUUGUAUAUAAUUAUUUAUUGCAUCAUCAUUUUGAAGUAAUUUAAUAAAAAUACUUUAAAUGAGAUUUGAAUGAAUAAAAACGUAAAACUCGAAAGAGUAAGUACAAAACGGAAACGUAUUUCGUUCCACAGAAAUUACAAGUAUGCAGUGACAUUGACAGUAGUGACAAGUACAAACAGGUUUCAUAAACGCGGCUAUCGACAAACAACUUCGAAUCCUGUUGUUAAUUAUCAAAUUACUUGAGAAAUCCAGUGUUUCAUAAUUGGAAAGUGCUCACAAAUCAAAUAUUAAAGGAAAUCAUUCAUUAUAUCAUCAGGUAACUUCAUAGAUGCUUUAAGAGGAAAUUACAUACUACAUAUCAACAUCAUUGCCCAGUGGUGGAGAGAAUACAUUGCUGUAGUAUUUGAAGAAAAUCUAAUAAAAGAAACUAGGUUCAAUUAAUGACAAGGAUUAUUGCACAACAAUAUUGCUGAAUAAAAAAUAAUAAAAAAUGGAAGAAAUAUAUUUGGAGAGACUAAAUAAAUUUGUAUCUGGAAUAAAAAACCUGUCCAACAGUUCCAAGGUCCUUUGUACUCUGAAGUCGUGGAGUGAUGAGGAGGAAGAACAAGCCAAGAUUGUUUCAGCAAAAUUACAAGCCGUGAUAAACCGAUUUAACACGGAGCUUUACCAAUAUUUUAAUACAGCUACUAAUCCGAAUGCUGAUGAAAUAUCUAUUCUGACGACAGAGCAAUUAAAUGGUGAAGAAGCACUAGCUGAAUUGAACGCGCUUAUACAAUCAAAACGAGACAAGUCUGGUUCUUCAUCCACCUCAAGUCAUCCUACCAAUAGAGGAAAGUUGCCCGAGCUUCAUUUGCCAACAUUUGAUGGGAAUGUUCUUCAGUGGACACAGUUUUGGGAUCAAUUUAACUCGAAUAUUGAUCAAAGGGAUCUGAAAGAUGUAGACAAGCUCCUUUAUCUGAAAACAUCUUUGAAAGGAGAUGCGAAGACCAUUUUAGAUGGAUUGGAAACAACUAAUGAUAAUUACAAAAUAGCUGUUACUAUGCUUACCAGCCGAUAUGGUAGAAAAUCACAGAUAAUUGAUGCUCAUUAUUCAAAACUAUAUAAACUAAAGAGGGCUGAGAACCAGGACGAAUGUAGGAAAACGUUAGACGAUAUUGAUCGGCACCUUAGAAUAUUAAACUCCUUAGGAGAAAAUACUGAACACAAUCACCUGAGAUUCCUAAUUAUGGAGAAAUUCCCCGAAGAUAUUAUAUACGAGUUGAAAUUGAAAUUAAAGGAUGAAUCCAUAGAGGAAUUAAGGAGAGAACUGCAGGUAGUGCUAACAGCCAGAGAAGAUGCUAAAAGAACUUGCAUGGAAGACAACAGCAAAGACAAAAAUUACACAACAGAAACUCUUCUCAUACAAGAGUCAAAAAACAAAAGAAAACCCAAGUCAAGGAAACCAGAUGCUAACAAAAUCAACCAUAAGAGGUUCAAACCAACUGUGACUGCCUUUAGUAAGAUAUAUAACAAUAAACGAAAGUUCAAAGAAGAAGAAAACCAAUCUGCACCCAUUAAAAAGAAAAGGAAGAUCUCAUGUAUAUUUUGUGGUGGAGAUCACUUCAAUGACGAAUGUACCAAUGUCAAAACCAUACCACUUAGAAAGGCAAAAUUAAAUAAUCGCUGUUAUGUAUGUUUAGGUUUAGGCCACGGUGCAAGGACGUGUAAAAACAAAACAAGAGUUUGUCCGCAUUGUGGGAUGAAAGGACAACACAACCGAGCGCUGUGUCCUACAAAGGAACAACUUAAGAAAGAGACUACCACCUCAUUACAUAUCAACGACGAUUCACCUACUGUUCUGCAGACAGCUAUUGUUAAUGCCAUAGGAAGGAACAAUACAGUCAUUAAAUGUCGUGUACUUUUGGAUUGUGGUAGCAUGAGAAGUUAUAUUUUACAAAAGGUAGCUAGAAAACUUAAUCUGGAACCAGAAGAAAAACAAUGUCUUACGGUAUUCACCUUUGCCGGGGAACAACCGUAUGAAUUAGAAAGUCCAUUGGCUAGACUCUAUCUACAAACAAAAACAAAUAAAAUGAAAUUAAUAUACGCAAAUAUCGUGCCUACUAUCACUCGUGACAUAUCCACUUUUAAUAAAGAUUUCUCGGAAUGGAGACAUCGAGACCGGUAUCUUCUAGCCGACGAUGGAUCACUUGAGGAUCAAAUUGACAUCCUGAUCGGAAACGACUAUUACCAAUCACUAAUGUUGUCUGAGAAAAUAGAGAUAAAGGAAAAUCUUUAUCUAGUAGACUCUGUGUUUGGUUGGAUACUAUCUGGUCGAUCGAGAGAGGAAAGGGGAGACGAACUGUCCGUACUCACGUACUUCCAAGCUUCAUAUGAGACCAAGUUAAACGAACCUGAUCCACCGUUGGAUAAUACAUCUAUGAAGACUUUGUGGGACCUAGAAUCUAUUGGAAUUGUCGACUCACCUAACACCAAUAGAGAUGAAGAAGCAAUCAAGCACUUCAACGAAAACACCAUGUUGAAGGAUGGAAGAUACCAAGUCAGCUGGCCAUGGAAAGAUUAUCCUCCACAGUUACCAACUAAUUACGGAUUAGCGUAUGGAAGACUCGUGGGACUCGUUAAGAGACUAGAUAAAGAAACUUUAUCACUUUACGAUAAGACACUAAGUGAUCAAUUGGAAAAGGAAAUUAUCGAAGAAGUUCCUAACGAGAAAGGAAAGGAACAUCCAUUACUUACCGUUUCAUGGAGUAAUGGCCACUGGAAAGCCACUUAGACUCGUCUAUGAUGCUUCAGCUAAAACAAAGAAUGCGAAAAGUCUUAACGAAUGUUUAUAUGCCGGUCCCAUGAUGCUCGAAGACCUUACUGGAUUACUAAUUCAAUUUAGAUGUCAUAAUAUAGGAUUAACUGCAGAUGUAGAAAAGGCUUUCUUACAGAUUGGAUUGAAUAAUGAUGAUAGAGAUGUAACUAGAUUUCUCUGGGUGAAGGACUCUGAAAAACCUGUCACUGAAGACAACCUCAUACAAUAUAGAUUUACUAGAGUUCCUUUCGGAAUUAUCUCAAGUCCAUUUUUAUUAAAUGCAACCAUAAAACAUCAUCUACAGACCUCUGAAGGAAAUUAUACCAAACAAUUAGCUAACAACAUAUAUGUGGACAACCUACUUACAGGCACGGGGUCAGUGGAUGAAGCUUUAGAAUUGUACAAUGAGGCAAAAGAUAAGUUCUUAGAAAUAUCAAUGAAUCUUCGGGAAUGGAGUUCUAAUUCAAAGGAUUUCAUAAAUCAAAUACAGGAUGCGGCACCAGAAACUAUAGUAAAAACUUUAGGUUUAAAUUGGGAAUUGAAGAAAGACUCACUUCAUCUAAGAGCCAAAGUAAUUAAGACCAACAAAGUUACAAAAAGAGGAAUUCUUAAAACUAUAGCGGCAAUAUAUGAUCCUUGUGGAUUCAGUGUACCCGUAGUAUUACCAGCCAAACUACUUCUUCAACAAUUAUGGAAGGAAAAAGUCAAAUGGGACAGCUCACUAUCAGAUGAAAAGAGACAAGAAUGGGUAAAUAUUCUAGAAGAUCUUAAAGCAAUAGAGUCAAUACGUCUACCAAGAAAUAUGACUAUUCCUAAUGAAAGAAAGGCACAAUUGCAUUGUUUCGCAGAUUCUUCGACAGUAGCCUACGCGGCCGUAGUAUACUUAGUACAAAAGGAUAACAUCCAGUUUGUAAUAGGUAAAUCACGCCUUGUGCCUGCCAGGAAUCAAGAAAACCUAAAAAUACCGAAACUUGAACUUUUAGGCGUUUUAAUUGGCAGUAGACUCAUUAAAUAUGUCCUCAAAUUCUUGCAAAUGGAUAGCACAGAAACGAUAUUAUGGACCGAUAGUCAGAUCGUAAAAAGCUGGUUUUAUUCAGACAAACUGUUAGAACCGUUCGUAUCUAGAAGAAUAGAAGAGAUAAGAAGUAAUAAAAACCUAAUCGUGAAGUAUGUUCCAUCUGGACUUAAUCCAGCAGAUGUUGCAACACGACCGAGUACUUCAAAAGAA